AUGCUUGUUCACAACAAAACUUUGUUAGAAUCAGAAAUAAACGAUUCUUUGGAACAUAAUAUAAAUGAAGAGUUCGAGAAUAAUGUUCGAAAUUUUUUACAUUUUAUGUCAUCACAACCUUUAAUUAAUCAAGUACUAUCUGGAUUCCUAUUAGAUAAUAAUGAACAAUUAUCUGAUAAAUGGAAAUUACCAGAAACAAUUACUAAUCAUAUAACUAAUGUUAAAUGGAUUCAGAUACCACAAUUUUCUCAAAAUAAUAAAACAAAAUUAGUAGAAUAUUUAUUACAUUUAAGAAUAUUAUUAUUAAUAAAAUUAUUAACUACACCAGAAGAUAAAAAACGUAAAAAAUUAUACAUAAAAGAACUUGAAACUAGAGAUCAAGAAUGUCAAACAAAAUUAACUGAACUUAUUAAAGAAUUGGAUAUACAAAUUUGUCAGAAUAAUACAGAAACUAGGAAAAUUGGUUAUACUGUUUCAAAACUUAAAAAUGAAAUUGAUAAUCUUGAAAAAUAUUUAACUGAACGAAAAAAGCAAAUUAACACAGAAGAAGCGAAAAAGAUAACAGAAAUCACAAAACAAAACGAUGAAAAUAAAAAUAAUUUAAGUAAAGAAAUGAAAAGUCAAGAAAUACUACUUGAAAAGUUGAUUGAGACUAAUCGUUCUGAAGAGGAAACAAUUCGAUCAACCAUUUAUAAAAUGGAAAGUGAUAUUGAGUCGAAGAUUUCUAAAUAUGAUCAAGAAAUGACAGUCUUACAGGAUGAAUAUGAUGCCCUGGAAGCGGAGUAUACAGAGGAGAAAAGCGCUUACGAUGAACUGAAUGAACGUUUUCAGAUUAUAAAUGAAGAGUAUCAAAAGAUAAUGGAAGAACGUAGGCUAGAGGAUGAAAGACGGCAAAGAGAGGAAGAACAAAGACGCCAAAUGGAACAAGCCGUUAUAACAAUACAAGCAUUUUGGAGGUCAUAUAAAACAAGAAAACUGGCACGUGGAAGAAAAGGAGGUAGUAGAAAAGCGAAGAAGUAA